CACUGUAAAUCAGUGAAGGAGAGUUUGAUGAGGCAACGCGGUGAGGAAUUGAGGAUAUAGGCUACAGUUUUCGUUCCAUACAUCUCUUCCUUCAGGCGUGUGUGUGUGUGUCUGAUCGCUGUAGAAGUCUGCGUGUGUUUGCUCAGUAAUCUCUGGCUCAACCUGUCUGAUGGGUGUGGGCUGGCUGGCGCUGACUUGCGCAGGUAUGAAAAGAAAACAAGUGCAGUCCUGAGGAAGGUGGGAUACUGCUGCGCUUCUCUGGUGUCUCACUGAAGGUACGAGGACACGACUCACACCUGAACAAACAGAGGCACAAAAAGGCCGACGAUGGAAAUACUUUGAGAAUGAGGAGAGGCUGCUGUAGAAAGAAAAGAAGAAGAUGCACCAGAACAUGAGAUAACCCGGAGGAGAUUCUGCUGCUGCGGUUCAACAGAUGGGUCUGCAAUUCAAAUGUGGCAUUUCAGGCUCUGGAAAGUGUUUAUCAGCCUUGCACUACACAUGUCUCACUUAGCUGGCGCUAUCUCCAUCCACACGUCGCUGAGGAGCCUCACCAGGUCAGUCAAGGAGGAUGUCUUCUUCUCAGUGGAUGUUACUUGCAACGGGAUCCCGACUAUACAAUGGACCUUUAUGUCGGCAUUGGUGAGCCGCUCUAUAGGGACGUGGGAGCCCGGGGUGUACACCAACAUAACUGUGGAUUACAGCAGCAGGGUGAAGGCCUGUGACAAUGGUUCAAUGCACCUGUCGGACCUGCGGCUGCAGGAUUCGGGAUAUUACGUUGUCACUGUCAUGGACCCAGCUGGAAGCAGCAAGGAUGCUGUGUUUGUCCUGAAAGUCAACGAGGUUCUGUACGAGGAUCUUCAGUACCUGGUCAUCGCGGCUCUGGCGCUGGCCUCCCUGGCAGCGCUGCUCAUGCUGGCCACAUGGCUGCUGCACAAGGCCUGCAGGAAGGUCAAGGAAUGGAGACGCAGGAAGCAGAUGCCAGAAACCGAUGCAACAGAGCUGCAACGUCUUUGACACGUAUCCGUUUGUGCAUCAUACCUGGCACCCAAACACACCUGAGACUCUUCCAACAUAUCACUGCUGCAACACCAGGAACCGUUUUAAAACUU